GUUUAGGAAAAAAGUUGCCUAUUUGCUUAAACUAGAUAUUCCUAAUUUCCAAACCUUCAACGACUGACUCUCGUACUGCCCUGCGUUUGCUACUUUCCUUGGGCAUCAUUUUAUUUGAAUGAUUGGCAAAGCAGUUAGCAGGAACUCCAGCAACCUCUCAGGAUGAAUCAUAAACAUUGCAGACCUUUGACGGACCGGCAAAAUGUCCUACAUGUUUUCGCAAAACACACCAAGUCCCAAAGAGAUGCCAGAGCCCUCCCUGAUUUAAAUUCGGAUUCUAGUCGUGCCAAGAAGACAGCACGGUUUGGGAGCACAUGCAAAGUAAAGCGGCUUAAAACACGCAAGGAGAGAUGCCGCAUGAGAGGAGAGAGCGGUCAGGAUAUUCACGCCCUCUGUUGCCACCAAAGCAGGAGAGAAAAUAAGAUGGAACAUUCCCAUAGCGGCAGUCACAAUCACCCACUGCACCGUCCAUCAAAAGAGAAUACGUUUACUAUGGCUGAUCAUGGGCCGGAGCCCUGUAUCAUUACUGAUGGCCGCCUCAUCGGACACCGUGGCCUCUUCAAUCGCGAAGUGAAGUCUGUGGACAUUGAACGUCUGGUGAGUGACAAGAUGAAAACAAAACUGCAUGGCCUUGAGGCGGCUGGAGGCCACAGGGGGGGCAGUGAGAACAGCAGGGCUGCUCUGCCUUCCUGUGAAACGCUGUCUGCUGCUCCUGGUUUAGCUGAUUGUUCUGCUUCCAACCUUGCUGAGGAAGCCUGGAUGCAAGAAAAAGCAGAGGGGACGCACCCUGGUGAGAAGGCAGUGAUGUCUGUUGAUUGCCCAUGUAGAGCAAGGGCCAGAACUCAGACCAGUGGGGAAUCACAGGAGAAUGUGGUUCAGAGCAAAACACUGAUUCAAGUUUGUAUGGGAAAUAAUACAAGUGAUAAUGUGUCCCAGAGCGAUGCUAAUGUUAAUAAUAGCACUGCGUCAUGCACCACGCCAUUGCAGAGUGCCGGCCAUCUCAGGGGUGUGGGUGUACUUCCGUCUUUCAAUAGUGAACCGGAGCUUCCCUCUUCUUCGGCUAGCUCCAGAGUUCAGUCAGUACGUCAGAGAGAGAGGCCACACUCUCAGACUCAGAAAGGGGACCACGAGUCACCCGGAUCUGCAGCUGCGGAGAGACCAGUGGAACAGCACGCUGACUCAAGGGGAAGGGAGCGUGGUAAUGUUUGCGCACCGCAGCAGCCCUCGAAAGACUGUAGGCCCUUAAAAUGUCACGCGCAGUCGUGGAAACCCGAUCUGCCUCUCACCUUGCCCUCUGCGACGACCGGAGCGCAAGGCUACGCGGACGCCGAGGACAGGCUGCAGCGCAGGGCUGGCGACUGCGCAGCCAUGGCUGCGCGUCUCUGCGGUGCCGCGCAGCUGCCCGCGCUCUGCAGGAGGAACCUGCUGGCGGAGAGCAGGGAGGCCCUGCUGCAGGCUCUGCAGGGGAGGCACGGCCCGCGGCUGGCCGAGAACCUCCUCAGGCUGGGGCGGCGCGUCAGUGGCAGCGCGGCCGGACCUGAGAUCCACGGCGCGGCCCUCAGGAGAGACUCUGAGAGUGACAUCCAGGCAAGCGGUUGCAGAGAAAACAUGGCAGGGUUGGAGCAGUCCAGGCCCAGCGCACAUGCCCUAGCCUCCAACAGUAGGCGGAGAAAACAGCUGUUCCCUCGGAAAGUGGAGCCACGCCUCCCUGAGCCCCAGCACAAUGAGACGGCAAUGCAGUGGAAUGGAAGUGUGAUUGUGGAGCUGGCAGGGGAACCCUCAGGAGGGUUCACAAAGACUUACUCCCCCCCAUUAGUCAUGGAUUUUCUGCCUUCCCUGUCCUCAUCACCACCCUCAUUCAUGUCUUUUGCCUGGGGAGUGCACACUAGGCAGCAGCUACCCCAGGACAGACCAUUUAGGGAUGGCAGAGCCACAGGUGCAGGAGAACGUAUGCAGGACAGUGGGUACAGUCCAGAGAUGUGUUUUUUCAGCCAGACAAAAAACUUGGAGAACGCCAGGCCACCUUUCUCACAGCAUUCUGCCUUUCUAAUAGAGGAAACUGAAAGAGAUCGUUGGCUCCGACGACCAGCUGACAGUGAGAUAAGCAACUUCAAUGCCACUUCGCCUCCUCCUCUCCAUCAUCCCCAUCAUAUUUACCUCCAAACUCACAGUUCCAUUCACCAGCCCCCUCCAAUCCUUGGGUCCUAUAGCUCUGACAGGAUUUAUUACCCCCGUUAUGAUAAGCAGGAGAGAGCUUUGUCACCCCCGCUUCCCCUCUUGCCCUCAUUCCCCAGUCCAGACCCCUGGUCCUUCCCCAGAAUGAGGCUGUACUGACUCACCCUUUUGAGCUCUGCAUUCUGUAGAACAAAAGAAGCAUUCAAGAAGAAAUAUAAAAUGCAUUUUUUUCCAUUCGUCAGACUUUAUUAGGUAUGCCUGUGUUAAUGCUACGACUGUAUAAUGUUAUUCAUCACAAUGUUGCUCAUAAAGUGGCACGUACUGUACAUUAAAUGCCUCCAAAUGUUAGCCACUGAAUUCUGAUUAAUCUUCUGCAAAUGUAUGGUACAAGCAUUAAAUAAAUGUAAUUGAAUGAAUUGUA